AUGCUGUACAUGCAAGAUCCACGUAACGACAGUCUCGGCCACUUUGCGUGGAUAAAAAGUCUAUCCCGUCUCGUAAGCUCACAACUCAGCAGAAAGGAGCACAAGAAAUUUUUCUGCGAUCGGUUGCAGUCCCACGCAAUGGACUGUGGAAAAAUGAACGACUGCGCUAUCCGACUGCCGAGCGAGGACAAAAAGUGGCUCGAAUUUGGAAACCACUGCAAUAAGGAGCGCAUACUAUUUAUCGUUUACGCUGACUUGGAGUGCGUUCUACGGAAGACGAAACCCAGUAGGGAAGAUGCGUCAUACAGAUAUCAACAGCGCGAGGUAUUUAGUAUAGGAUACUACGUGCAAUGUUCGUGCAAUGUGUACGUGUACUCGAAAUCGCUGUAA